UUUUGCUCUUUCACACAUUAGCCAUGUUUUCGUCAUCUUCAAUUAGGUCAAUAAUCGUAUCCGGACUUCACCGGACUCCAACCCUGAAAUCGCCGGUCAAUCCUCCGACACUCUUCACCUCCUCCGUCCCUAGAUUCUUCCACUCAAGCUCCACUGGUUUCAGCGACAGUAGAAUCACGAUGAGCAGCGUUGAGGACAAAACCGGAUCGAACUCGGGGGCGAUGAUGGAGAAUCGGGCGAGCAGGAUGAGGGAGAAGCUGGAGAAGGAGCUCGAACCUGUGGAGCUGGUGAUCGAGGACGUCUCGUACCAGCACGCCGGUCACGCGGGGAUGAAAGGCAGAGGAACAGACGAAGAGACGCAUUUCAAUGUGAAGAUCGUGUCGAAAGGAUUCGAAGGGAUGAAUCUGGUGAAGAGGCACAGGCUCGUUUACGAUCUGCUCAGAGAGGAGCUUGAUAGUGGAUUGCACGCGCUUUCCAUCGUCUCCAAGACUCCCUCCGAGUCCACUCGCUAGCCAAAAAAAAAAAAUUACUCUGUUUUUAUGUUUCUUUCUCUUAUGAGAGUUUGUGUUAAAAGACUCUUUUUUAUCAUUGAUGCUUAGUUUUUGUUGUCAA